UCGAAAGCAUUUACCGCCAUUUUCAUUGUCCGUGUUUAUUUGAUGAGAUUAUUGGAGUCUGUUCUCCAGAGCCAAAUCAGAAUCAGACAUGGAGAUCGAAGGCGAUUUCGAUCUUCUACCUUCUUCUCCCGUCGUCCACGCGCGAAAGCUCAAGCGGUUGAAGAAAGCAACCACCGCACCUGAAUAUCUCUCUCCUCCCACCUUCCCUACCGAAUCGGAAAUCCCCGAGCCCGUGGAGGAGGAGUUGAACCUCAGAUCUGUACCCGAACCUGAGAGCCUCGGCGACGGAAACGUUGCCGUCGAGGAAAAUGGUUUGGGUGCGAGGAGGGCUUUGGAGUUUGAUUCUGUUGCCGACGAAGAGGUUACGGUUACGGUUACGGUUACGGAGAAGGGGGAAGAAAUUGGGGAUCUGAACACUCACGAAUCGGAGAAGAAACGACCUAGUUCAGAUGUCGUUUCAGAGAACAAAGAGCAUAAGAUGAAGAAAAAGAAGAGAAUCGACGACGGUGGUGAUGGCAGUGAGAAAAACCCUAAAGAAGCAACCUCCAGUAAGAGAAAGACUGAGAAGGAAAGAAGGGAAAAUCUGAAGCACCUUCGAGCUGAGUCUCAGAGGCUUCUUCGAGAAUCUAGAGAUGCGUCUUUUAAACCCAUUCCUCUGGUUCAGAAGCCAAUUUCGUCGGUAUUGGAUAAAAUCCGGAAGAGGAAAUCAGAGAUCAUGAAAAAGUUUAGUGCUUCUUUUGAUGAUGAUACUGAUAGGAAUGUGGUGGAUGAUGAUUCUGAGCGUCCCCUUCUGCGUGAGGACAUACCUGAGAAGGUUGAAAAUUCUGACCAGGAAGAAACACUAGCUUCUUGCCCUGUAGGUGCCAAUGACGAUUUAAACACUUCACAUAGUGGUGGAUCUGAUGAAGCUGCAGAUUCUCCAAUCCCCAAAAGCACUCCUUCUCCUGUGGCUAUGGCUUCAGAAUCCGAGCGUGCAUUUCGAGCUCCUAUUGAUGAUACUCAGGAACUCUUUUCUGAUUCUCAAAUUAGUGAUACUAAAGAAGAGACUGUAAAUGAGAAGCUUGAUAACACUCCAGAACAAGUGUUUGCCCCAUCUAUGCUCUCAAUGAACCUAGAACUUGACUCUGCUCCUCCUGAUGAUGACAUCUCUUCUGAUGAUGAAGACAAUGACAAGGAGAACAUAGCUCCACCUUUACGCGGAUCAGUUGGCUUGAAUUCACCUCCCAGCGGUGACCCUGUUAGGGCUUUUGUUGAUGAAGAAGCUGAAGAGGAAGAUGACAGUGAUAAUGACUUGCAAUGUUUGCAAGAUAAUGAAGAAGAAGGUGAAGAUGAUGAAUCUCUUGAGGAACUUAAUGCAAUGACAGCAACUCAAUUUGAAGAGAAGCCAGUUGAUAGAGAAAAGCGUGACCAACUCCACCAGCAGUGGCUUGAACAACAGGAUAUGGCUGGAAUGGAUAAUCUACUCCAAAAACUUAAUUGUGGUUCAAAACUGAAAGAACCUAUAUCAAUUGAAGAGGAAGACGAGGAAAGCAAAGAAAGUGAAUAUGAAUCUGGUGAUGAAGUUGAAGACCACAUUGCUCCAUCAGAAUCUGCGAAAAUCAACCUCAAAAAGGCAAAGCAGAUGCUGCCUCAUAUGUUUUCUCAUAAAGAAGAGGCAUAUGUAUCAUCUGAUGAUGAGGAAGCUGAGGAGAGACUAACUAAAGAGUGCCUCUUUUACAAAGCUGAAAAGGAAACUAAGUUCUUUUCGCCAGCUGAGGAUGAAAGUAGCAAGGAAGUUUUCAGUCUCAUAAAGAAAUUAAACAUUGUUCCUGAUCCCAAGAGAAAAGGAAGACCACCUCCUUCUAUAUUUGAUAUGCCACGCAUUGGACAAAGCAUAAAUAUAUCAUCAAAGUCAUCUUUUGUUGGCCGGGCUUCAAAUCAUUUUAUGCCCUCUUCUAAAAAGCAUGGACCAAGCAAGGCCCGAGCUUAUAUAUUCGGGCGAGACGACAGCAACAGUAGGACCUCAUUGUCGAUUUCAGAGGACUCAUCAGAUACGAUUCAAAGGGAGAGUCAACCACCAAAAACUGCUUCUGCAAAGUUCCAAAGAAAUACCCAGAACAAAUAUACUCCUUUAGAUUCCGAACCUCCAAAGUCCAAUGUAUCGCUUUUUGAGAUAUUAAGGAAGUCUUCACUUCAUACAGAGCGCUGUGUCCAGAAUGCCAGAGUUCAACAAAAGGAAUCAACGAUAUUUGAUGCAUUCAAGUUAGCGAAAAAGCCUAUUUAGACGGAUGAAAGGGUUUAAUGUAUGAUGGGAAAUUUUGGUCUUUUAUGUUUCAACCUUAAAUUAUCAUCCGAUAUGUUUCGAUUCCUCAAAUAAUUUAAGAGAUUAUCAACAUUUAGUAUUUUUCCCGCUACAUUGAUAUAAGCUAUUGAUAUUUUCAUUGUUCCUA